GUCAGCCGACUAUCCUUUUACAAUGCAAAAUGGUAAUCUGAUAUUUGAGCACAUCAACAAUGUCGUCUUCUUACUGCGGCUAUGGAUUCUUCGUCUCUGAUUCUACAAUUCCCUCUACCAGCAGAGCUUUCAUCUCUAACUCAUGGCAUUCGAACCUUUCCAUCUCUUCUUUUUCCCACCCUCAUCGCCUUCACCUUCCUCCAUUUCGACCUCCACACAUUAAGAAACCACAUAUCAAAGCGAGCAGAACAAGAACUUCCUUCUCUGCCCUGCCUUUCGAUCUUUCUCCUCCUCCAAUCGAUGAGGACCUCCUUGAGGCUGCGGCCGUUGAAGGUGCAAGGAUUUCUGAUGAUGGGAUUAUUGAAACUUUUCAUAAUGAUGAAGAAGCGCUGGAUGCAGCCAAUAAUGGGGUUGCUGUCGUGGAUCUUUCUCAUUUUGGCCGACUAAGGGUUAGUGGAGAUGAUCGUUGUCAGUUUCUUCAUAACCAAAGCACAGCUAAUUUUGAAAGCUUACGUCAAGGACAAGGGUGCAGUACUGUAUUUGUUACACCCACUGCUCGGACAAUUGAUAUUGCACAAGCAUGGAUCAUGAAAAAUGCCAUCACAUUAAUUGUGUCACCAGUUACACGUGAAAGCAUAAUUCGGAUGCUCAACAAGUACAUUUUUGUAGCUGACAAGGUAGAAAUUCAAGAUAUUACCAAUCAAACAUCUUUGUUAGUGUUGGUGGGACCUAAAAGCAACCAAAUAAUGGAGGAUUUGAACCUUGGUAGUAUAGCUGGAGAACCUUAUGGAACGCACCAGCACUUUAGUGUCAAUGGCAUGCCAAUUACUGUGGGGGUGGGAAAUGUCAUUUCCGAAGAAGGCUUUUCACUGUUGAUAUCACCUGCUGUGGCUGGACCAGUUUGGAAAGCUCUAGUUUCUCUAGGUGCUGUUCCAAUGGGCUCAAGGGCUUGGGAAAAGCUGAGGAUAUCUCAAGGAAUGCCAGCUCCCCAGAAAGAGCUUACCGACGAAUUCAAUGUACUUGAAGCUGGUCUUUGGAAUUCAAUUUCUCUCAACAAGGGUUGUUACAAGGGACAAGAGACGAUAUCUCGAUUAAUAACUUAUGAUGGAGUAAAACAGAGAUUGUGGGGGCUUCAGCUAUCAGAUUCGGUGGAACCUGGCAGCCCAAUAACCAUUGAUGGAAAAAGGGUUGAACGUGUAUGCAUUAUGAUCCAUGCCAAGAAAAUUUGUGUAGGUGGGAAAACUUACAAGCUAUGCACCAGGAAGAAAAGAGUCGGAGCAUUUUGGUCUUGGCUACAUAAAGAAGAAAGCUGCUUCCGUUGGAGAUAGUGUAAUUGUUGGAGAAAACACCAUUGGUAAGGUGGUGGAAGUUCCAUUUUUAGCUCGACAACAACCUCUAUCCAACAGCUCAUCAAGUAACACUCCUGAAAGCAGUGUACAAUAGUUAUUUUUUAUUACUAUAUCUAUGAGGUUGAGUUGACCAACAUCUCUAUAUUUUCUUUAAUAAUUUUAGAUAUAUCCAUGCUUAGGACAUGGAUUUUGAACCCUGUUUGUUCAUAUCAUCAGGGGUUUGCUUUGUAGUUCAACAGUAUUUAUAAUGCGAAAUCACAUUUGGAGUAUAUUAUCGUAAGGUCUUCAAGGAUUGUAGUAUGAGAA